AGCCAUCCAAUGAAAGAGGAGUUCAUCUAUGCGUUGCCUUUCUCUGCUCACACAACACACACACACUCGCACACAAGCACAGCCAGCCUCGGCACACAGACGCUGUACGAGCCUCACCGUGUGAACACUAACCAUGGCUGAAGGAGGAGAAGGCGAGGAUGAAAUCCAGUUCUUGCGUACUGAUGAUGAAGUGGUCUUACAAUGCUCAGCUACAAUCCACAAGGAGCAACAAAAACUUUGUCUUGCUGCUGAAGGCUUUGGGAACAGACUCUGCUUCCUCGAGUCCAUUUCAAACUCCAAGAAUGUACCUCCAGAUCUGUCAAUCUGCACUUUUGUGCUGGAGCAGUCGCUGUCUGUACGAGCCCUGCAGGAGAUGCUGGCCAACACCCAAGAGAAGGCGGAUGGGAUGGCCCAGGGAGGAGGUCAUAGGACUCUACUGUAUGGACAUGCUGUGCUCCUGCGACACUCUUACAGUGGAAUGUACCUGUGCUGCCUGUCCACUUCGCGUUCAUCUACAGACAAACUGGCUUUUGACGUGGGGCUGCAGGAGGAUACCACAGGCGAGGCAUGCUGGUGGACCAUCCAUCCAGCAUCAAAGCAGCGCUCGGAGGGAGAAAAGGUUAGAGUGGGAGAUGAUCUCAUCCUGGUCAGCGUCUCCUCUGAAAGAUAUCUGCACCUGUCCUAUGGUAAUGGCAGUCUCCAUGUCGAUGCAGCCUUCCAGCAGACACUGUGGAGUGUGGCUCCCAUCUGUUCUGGGAGUGAAGUAGCACAAGGUUUCCUUAUUGGAGGAGAUGUUCUGCGCCUACUUCACGGUCACAUGGACGAGUGCCUAACAGUUCCUUCUGGGGAGCAUGGAGAUGAGCAAAGGCGGACAGUGCAUUACGAAGGCGGAGCCGUGUCCUGUCAUGCCAGGUCACUGUGGAGGCUGGAGACACUGCGAGUCGUGUGGAGUGGGAGUCAUAUCCGUUGGGGUCAGCCAUUCAGACUGAGACAUGUGACCACAGGGAAGUAUCUGAGCAUGGUAGAAGACAAGUCUCUGUUGCUGAUGGACAAAGAGAAAGCUGAUGUCAAGUCUACAGCCUUCUGCUUCAGGUCUUCCAAGGAAAAGCUGGACCUGGGUGUGAGGAAGGACGUGGAUGGGAUGGGGACUCCUGACAUAAAGUAUGGUGACUCUGUGUGUUACAUUCAACAUGUUGACACCUGUCUGUGGCUUACUUACCAGACUGUUGAUGCCAAGUGUGCACGCAUGGGUGGAGUACAGAGAAAGGCAAUCAUGCACCAUGAGGGGCACAUGGACGAUGGGCUGACACUAUCGCGAUCACAGCACGAAGAGAGCCGCACUGCAAGGGUCAUCCGCAGUACUGUCUUCCUGUUCAACUGCUUCAUCAGGGGUCUGGACAUACUAAGAAAGAAAGGAAGAAGCUUUACUUUGGAUCUGCCAAUAGACUCAGUUAGCCUGAGCCUCCAGGAUCUAAUAGGUUAUUUCCAACCGCCUGGAGAUCACCUAGAACAUGAAGACAAGCAGAACCGACUGCGAGCUCUGAAGAACCGUCAGAACCUCUUUCAGGAAGAGGGGAUGAUCAGCCUGGUCUUGGAGUGCAUUGAUCGGCUUCAUGUCUACAGUAGUGCAGCUCAUUUUGCGGAGGCAGUUGGAAAGGAGGCUGGAGAGGCCUGGAGCGCCAUUCUCAACUCCCUCUACCAGCUACUGGCUGCACUCAUCAGAGGGAACAGGAAGAACUGUGCCCAGUUCUCUGGUUCACUGGACUGGCUCAUUAGCAGACUGGAGCGACUGGAGGCUUGCUCUGGUAUAUUGGAGGUGCUUCACUGUGUACUGGUGGAGAGUCCUGAAGCACUUAACAUAAUCAAAGAGGAACAUAUCAAGUCUAUCAUAUCUCUGUUGGACAAACAUGGUCGGAACCACAAGGUUCUAGACGUGCUGUGUUCACUGUGUGUGUGUCACGGUGUGGCAGUGCGCUCUAACCAGCACCUGAUCUGUGACAACCUGCUGCCAGGAAGAGAUUUAUUACUGCAGACCCGCCUGAUCAACCACAUAAGCAGCAUGCGACCCAACAUCUUUUUGGGCGUCAGUGAGGGCUCUGCCCAGUACAGGAAGUGGUACUACGAGCUGAUUGUGGAUCAGGUUUUGCCAUUUGUCACAGCAGAGGCCACUCACCUCAGGGUGGGUUGGGGCAACACCAAUGGCUAUGCACCAUACCCCAGUGGAGGAGAGGGGUGGGGAGGCAACGGGGUGGGUGAUGACCUCUAUUCCUAUGGCUUUGAUGGACUCCAUCUUUGGUCAGGCUGCAUUGCGCGGACUGUUAGCUCACCCAAUCAGCAUCUCCUUCGAUCAGAAGAUGUGGUGAGCUGCUGCCUGGACCUCAGUGUGCCCAGUAUCUCCUUCAGAAUCAAUGGCCAGCCAGUUCAGGGCAUGUUUGAGAACUUCAACUCUGAUGGCCUUUUCUUCCCAGUGGCGAGCUUCUCUGCUGGGGUCAAGGUGCGAUUCCUCCUUGGUGGGCGUCAUGGGGAGUUUAAGUUCCUCCCUCCUCCUGGUUAUGCCCCUUGCUAUGAAGCAGUGUUGCCCAGGGAGAAACUGAAACUGGAGGCUAGUCAGGAUCAGACUGCCACCAGAGAUCAGCUGGGACCGACUGUCACUUUGAGCCAGGCAGCAUUCACCCCUAUACCUGUAGACACCAGCCAGAUUAUUUUGCCACCUCACUUGGAAAGGAUCAGAGAAAAACUAGCAGAAAACAUCCAUGAACUCUGGGUGAUGAACAAGAUAGAAUUAGGCUGGAUCUAUGGUGCAGUGCGGGAUGAUAAUAAGCGGCAGCACCCAUGUCUGGUGGAGUUCUCCAAGCUUCCUGAACAGGAACGAAGCUACAAUCUACAGAUGUCUCUGGAAACUCUCAAAACUCUCCUGGCUCUGGGUUGCCAUGUUGGCCUAGCAGAUGAACACGCUGUAGAGAAAGUCAAGAACAUGAAACUUUCAUCAACCUAUGAGUUAUCCAGUGGUUAUAAACCUGCUCCUCUGGAUCUGAGUCACAUCAAAUUGACCUCCACCCAGGAAGCUAUGGUGGACAAGCUAGCUGAGAAUGCACACAAUGUUUGGGCAAGAGAUCGCAUCCGCCAGGGCUGGACCUAUGGCAUACAACAGGAUUUAAAGAACCGUAGAAACCCUCGUCUGGUCCCCUACGCUCUUCUGGAUGAGAGAACCAAAAAGUCGAACAAAGACAGUCUGAGAGAGGCUGUCAGGACUCUCCUGGGAUAUGGAUACAAUCUUGAAGCUCCUGACCAAGACCAUGCAGCUGAAUCGGGCCUGAGUAACGUGUCGGCUGAGAGGUUCCGCAUUUUCAGAGCAGAAAAAACAUACUGUGUUAAUACUGGGAAGUGGUACUUUGAGCUGGAGGUUCUAACAGCUGGAGAGAUGAGGGUCGGCUGGGCCAGGCCAGGAUGUCUACCAGACCAGGAGCUGGGCUCUGAUGAUCAGGCAUUUGUCUUUGAUGGCUUCAAGGUGCAGCGCUGGCACCAGGGGAAUGAACACUUUGGCCGAGCCUGGCAGAUAGGAGAUGUGGUGGGCUGCAUGGUGGAUCUGAAUGAGCACACCAUGAUGUUCACACUCAAUGGAGAAGUGCUGCUGGAUGAUUCUGGAUCAGAGCUGGCCUUCAAGGACUUUGAAGUCGGUGAAGGUUUUAUACCAGUUUGCAGUCUGGGCGUGUGUCAGGCUGGGAGAAUGAACUUUGGUAAAGAUGUCAGCACUUUAAAGUACUUCACCAUUUGUGGCCUACAAGAAGGCUAUGAGCCUUUUGCUGUUAACAUGAACCGGGAUGUCACCAUGUGGCUUAGCAAGAGGCUCCCUCAGUUUGUACCAGUACCCCUCCACCACCAACACAUCGAGGUGACGAGGAUAGACGAGACAAUAGAGUCUUGUCCAUGCCUGAAGGUCACUCAGAAGUCCUUCGGCUCACAGAACAGCUACACUGACAUUACCUUCUACAGACUUAGCAUGCCCAUAGAAUGUGCCGAAACCAGGUGCCCACCAAACGGCAGCCUCUUCUCACCAAAGAGGGAGUUGGAGGACUUUGAAAAUGUGUCAGAUUUUGAGGUCCUGAUGAAGUCAUCUCACAGUCAUAAUGGUCCCAAUGGACCCGACAGAGAUGAAUUCAACAACCACAAAGAUUAUAACCAGGAGAAGCCCUCCAAGCUCAAACAGCGGUUGACGCUGAAGAGAAACAAGCCAGACAACAGCUGUCCCUCAUCUGCUCGUGUAUCGGAGGAGGUGAUGGCUGAUGACAGAGUUAGCUCUGAUUUCCUCAUGCAAGCCUCCACUUACUACUAUUCAGUGCGGAUCUUCCCAGGUCAGGAGCCCAGCAGUGUUUGGGUAGGCUGGGUGACUUCUGACUUCCAUCAGUACGACCCGUGCUUUGAGCUGCACAAGGUCCGGACUGUCACGGUUACCCUGGGAGAUGAAAAGGGCAAAGUUCAUGAGAGCAUAAAACGCAGCAACUGUUACAUGGUGUGGGGUGGAGAAAGCAGCAGCCCCAGUCAGGGGAGGAACAACGGCUUAGAGAUUGGCUGCCUGGUUGACACUACAAACGGUCUGCUGACAUUCACAGCCAAUGGCAAAGAACUCAGCACAUACUACCAGGUGGAACCCAGUACUAAGCUGUUCCCUGCAGUCUUUGCAAAGGCCACAAGUCCUAAUGUCUUCCAGUUUGAACUGGGUCGUAUUAAGAAUGUGAUGCCUCUAUCAGCUGGUCUGUUUAAGAGUGAGAAGAAGAAUCCAGUUUCCCAAUGUCCUCCACGGCUGCACGUACAGUUUCUUACUCCUGUUUUAUGGAGUCGUGUUUCCAACCACUUCCUUAAGGUCUCAGUAUCCAGAGCAAAUGAUCGACAUGGCUGGCUGGUGCAGUGUAACAAACCUCUGCAGUUCAUGUCUCUGCACAUUCCUGAGGAGAACAGGUCGUUGGAUAUCCUGGAACUGUCAGAGCAGAAGGACUUAUUAAAAUUUCACUACCAUACCCUCAGACUGUACUCUGCCAUCUGUGCUCUGGGAAACAACCGAGUAGCUCAUGCCCUCUGCUCCCACGUGGAUGAGGCACAGCUCCUUUACGCUAUAGAGAAUAAAUAUAUGCCAGGUCUUCUUCGUGCUGGCUACUAUGACCUCCUCAUCGACAUCCACCUGAGCAGCUAUGCUACAGCUCGCCUCAUGAUGAACAAUGAGUACAUUGUUCCCAUGACCAAUGACACAAAGAGCAUCACUCUGUUCCCAAAUGAAAAGAAGAAACAUGGCCUGCCAGGCAUUGGACUCAGCACCUCUUUGAGACCCAGAAUGCACUUCACAUCCCCAAAUUUUGUUUCCAGGCCCGGACCAUCGUGCUUUAACAACGGCAACAGUGGAUCAGGAGAUUGUUUCCAGUACAGCCCUGAAUUCCCCUUAGAUAUACUGAAAGUUAAAACCAUUGAGAUGUUGACAGAGGCAGUACGGGAGGGAAGCAUGCACGUACGGGACCCAGUAGGAGGAAGCACAGAGUUUCUAUUUGUUCCACUCAUCAAGCUGUUAUAUACUAUGCUCAUCAUGGGCGUUUUCCAAAACGGAGAUCUGAAGAAUAUCCUCCGACUGAUUGAACCUUCUGUGUUCUGUGAACGACGCAAUAAGCAGGAUGCACUUUGCAUGGAGUUGGAGGUGCUAAAGAAGGGUGAAGCCGAAGGAGGAGGAAAGGAGGGAGUGCUGAAUGUCCCCAAAGAAGGACUGUUAGAGAUGAAGCUGCCAGAGCCUGUAAAACUCCAGAUGUGUCAUGUGCUGCAGUACCUGUGUGACUGCCAGGUGCGCCAUCGUAUUGAGGCAGUGGUGGCCUUCUCUGAUGACUUUGUGGCUUGUCUCCAAGAAAACCAACGAUUUCGUUACAAUGAGGUGAUGCUGGCACUCAACAUGUCUGCAGCCCUUACUGCCAAGAAGACCAAAGAGUUCAGAUCUCCCCCACAGGAACAGAUCAACAUGCUGUUAAACUUUAAGGAUGAGAAGCAGGAGUGUCCCUGUCCUGAAUACAUCCGAGAACAGCUGCUAGACUUCCAUGAAGAUCUGAUGAGGCACUGUGGUAUAGAGUUGGACGAGGAGAGAGGCAUAAACUGUGACAGUGACUUCACCAUACGAGGUCGACUCAUGUCACUGGUGGAGAAAGUGGCUUAUCUAAAGAAGAAGAUGGCCAACCUGCCAAAGGAAAAAAAAGACAGGAAACCCAGUACCUUACAACAGCUCAUUUCCGAUACGAUGGUGCGCUGGGCUCAGGAGUCAGUUAUAGAGGAUCCAGAGCUGGUCAGAGCUAUGUUUGUCCUACUUCACCGCCAGUAUGAUGGCAUAGGUGGACAGGUGCGGGCUCUUCCUAAAACCUACACUAUAAACUCAGUAUCAAUCGAGGACACCAUCAACCUGUUAGCGGCUCUCGGUCAGAUCAGAUCUCUGCUGAGUGUGCGCAUGGGAAGAGAGGAGGAGAAACUGAUGAUCAGAGGGCUGGGAGAUAUCAUGAACAACAAAGUGUUUUACCAACAUCCUAACCUGAUGAGAGCGUUGGGAAUGCACGAGACUGUCAUGGAGGUCAUGGUCAAUGUGCUCAGUGGAGGAGACUCCAAGGAAAUCACCUUUCCAAAAAUGGUGGCCAACUGUUGUCGUUUUCUAUGUUACUUCUGUCGAAUCAGCCGUCAGAACCAGAAAGCCAUGUUUGACCAUCUGAGUUAUCUGCUGGAGAACAGCAGUGUUGGCCUGGCAUCUCCAUCUAUGCGAGGAUCCACUCCUCUGGAUGUGGCUGCAGCAUCAGUCAUGGAUAAUAAUGAGCUUGCCCUUGCUUUAAGAGAGCCAGACCUGGAGAAGGUGGUACAAUAUCUAGCUGGGUGUGGGCUGCAGAGCUGUGUGAUGCUGGUCCGUAAGGGAUACCCUGACAUUGGCUGGAACCCUGUGGAGGGGGAACGAUACCUUGACUUCCUGCGCUUUGCUGUCUUCUGCAAUGGUGAAAGUGUGGAGGAGAAUGCCAAUGUUGUGGUAAGGCUCCUUAUUCGUCGACCAGAAUGUUUUGGCCCGGCUCUUCGAGGUGAAGGUGGUGAUGGGUUGUUGGCAGCAAUGGAGGAGGCCAUUAAGAUCUCUCAGGAUCCCUCCAGAGAUGGUCCGUCUCCUAUGUCUGAGAGCAGCAAGGCACUCAGUGACAUGCCAGGGGAAGAGGAAGAUGAUACAAUUCACAUGGGAAAUGCCAUCAUGACCUUCUACUCUGCUCUCAUUGACCUGCUGGGCCGCUGUGCUCCAGAGAUGCAUCUGAUCCAUGCUGGUAAAGGUGAAGCUAUCCGUAUCAGAGCGAUUUUGAGGUCUCUUAUUCCUAUUGAAGACUUGGUGGGAGUCAUCAGUAUUUCAUUCUCUAUGCCUAACCUGGCUAAAGAUGGGUUGGUUGUGGAGCCAGACAUGUCAGCAGGUUUCUGCCCAGACCACAAAGCAGCCAUGGUGCUGUUCCUGGACCGUGUCUAUGGUAUAGAAGACCAGAAUUUUCUUCUCCACCUUCUGGAGGUUGGGUUCUUACCAGACCUGAGGUCUGCCGCCUCUCUGGACACCGUUGCUCUGAGUGCCACAGACAUGGCACUGGCGCUCAACAGGUAUCUGUGUACAGCAGUGCUGCCUCUCCUGACUAAAUGUGCGCCGCUGUUUGCGGGGACGGAGCCGUUCGCCUCACUAAUUGACUCGCUGCUUCAUACGGUUUAUCGCCUGUCCAAAGGCUGCUGCCUCACCAAAGCUCAGAGGGACUCCAUAGAGGAGUGUCUGCUUGCUGUUUGUGGUAAGCUAAGGCCUUCAAUGAUGCAGCACCUACUCAGGAGGCUGGUGUUUGAUGUUCCUCUACUUAAUGAGCACACCAAGAUGCCUCUGAAGCUGUUGACCAAUCACUACGAGCGUUGCUGGAAGUACUACUGUUUGGCUGGAGGUUGGGGCAAUUUUGGAGUAGCGUCAGAUGAAGAGCUGCACCUCUCUAGGAAAAUGUUCUGGGGAAUAUUUGAUGCCCUGUCCCACAAGCAGUACGACCAGGAGCUAUUUAAACUGGCGCUGCCAUGUCUUAGUGCUGUGGCUGGAGCUCUUCCUCCAGAGUAUAUGGAGUCCAACUACAUGGCCAUGAUGGAGAAACAGUCAUCUAUGGACUCAGAAGGAAACUUCACACCACAGCCUGCAGACACCACCAAUGUGACUGUUCCAGAGAAACUGGAUUGUUUUAUAACCAGAUAUGCGGAGCACAUCCAUGAGAAGUGGUGUAUAGAAAAGUUUUCCAAUGGCUGGUCAUAUGGAGACCAGAUGUGUGAAAUCAGCAAGAGCCAUCCACUCCUGAAACCAUACAAAAGCCUGUCUGAAAAGGAUAAAGAGACAUACUGCUGGCCCAUCAGAGAGUCUCUGAAGACCAUGCUUUCAUGGGGUUGGAGCAUUGACAGGAUCAGAGAGGGAGACUCUGUCAACCUUCACAACAAGCCCAGAAGGAUAUCACAGGCCAGUCAGCUUUCUUUUGAAGGAGCUUCAGCUUUCAGUCCAAGACCCACUGAUAUGAGUAAUGUGACAUUGUCCAGAGACUUGCAGUCAAUGGCAGAGCUGCUUGCAGAGAAUUAUCAUAAUAUCUGGUCCAGGAAAAAGAAACUGGAGCUGGAAGCCAGAGGUGGAGGAAACCACCCACUGCUGGUUCCUUAUGACACAUUGACUGCCAAAGAAAAAUCCAAAGACAGGGAAAAAGCACAAGAUAUCCUUAAGUUCCUCCAAAUCAAUGGUUACAUUGUGUCCAGAGGUGUGCAGUCACAGGAGCUAGACACUCCUGCCAUAGAGAAACGAUUUGCCUACACCUUUCUCCAGCAGAUCAUCACCUACGUGGACCAGGCACACCAACACAUGAUGGAGUUUGACAACGUCCAGCAAUGGGAAAGUGUUUAGCAGCCUUCGCAGCAGCAUUCCCUGUUGCCUUUCUUGAGCCUCACAUGAACAAGUUUAACAGCUUUUCCAUCUAUAACAGCAAAGGAAGCAAAGACAGAGCAGCUCUAGGCCUUCCUGGGCAGGUUGGGGAGGUUUGUUCACUGAUCCCCAAUUUGGAGAAGUCUUUGGAGGAGAUUGUAGAGCUAGCAGAGUCCGGCAUGAAGUACACGCAGAUGCCUCAUGUUAUGGAGGUGGUCUUGCCGAUGUUGUGCAGCUACAUGUCUCACUGGUGGGAACAUGGACCGGAAAGCGACCCAGACAAAGCCAACAACUGCUGCACCUCUGUGACCUCUGAAUACAUGAAUACUCUGCUGGGAAACAUUCUCAAGAUCAUCUACAACAACCUGGGAAUAGAUGAGGGCGCCUGGAUGAAGAGACUGGCUGUCUUCUCCCAGCCAAUUAUCAGCAAAGCCAAACCUCAGCUGUUAAAGACCCACUUCUUGCCCUUGAUGGAGAAACUCAAAAAAAAAGCAGCUGUUGUGCUGCUGGAUGAAGAACAUAGCAAGGCGGAGGGGAGGGGUGAGAUGUCAGAGACAGAGCUCCUCAUCAUGGACCAAUUUACUAUCCUGGUCAGAGACCUGUAUGCCUUCUACCCUCUCCUCAUACGAUUCGUUGACUACAACAGGGCCAGAUGGCUUAAAGAGUCCAAUCCAGAGGCAGAGGAGCUGUUCCGAAUGGUGGCUGAGGUUUUUAUCUUCUGGGCCAAGUCUCACAACUUCAAGAGAGAAGAGCAGAACUUUGUGGUCCAGAAUGAAAUUAACAACAUGUCCUUCCUUAUCACUGACACCAAGUGCAAGAUGUCAAAGGGAAUAGUUUCAGACCAGGAGAGGAAGAAGAUGAAGAGAAAAGGUGAUCGAUACUCGAUGCAGACAAGUUUGAUUGUUGCUACUCUAAAGCGCCUGCUGCCCGUGGGACUCAACAUUUGUGCUCCAGGAGAACAAGAGCUUAUCGCACUGGCUAAGAACCGCUUCACUCAGAAAGACACAGAGGACGAAGUUCGAGAGGUCAUCAGGAACAACCUACAUUUACAAGGAAAGUCAGAGGACCCAGCAAUUCGUUGGCAGAUGGCCCUGUACAGAGACCUCCCAAACCACUAUGAGGAUACUACUGACCCAGAGAAGACUGUGGAGAGAAUCCUGGAUAUUGGCCAUGUCCUCUUCCACCUGGAGCAGGUGGAGCAUCCUCAGCGCAGUAAGAAGGCUGUGUGGCACAAACUGCUUUCAAAACAGAGGAAGAGAGCUGUGGUCGCUUGCUUCAGGAUGGCACCACUCUAUAACUUGCCAAGGCACCGGGCUGUAAACUUGUUCCUGCAGGGCUAUGAAAAGUCCUGGAUCGAGACAGAGGAGCACUACUUUGAAGAUAAACUCAUAGAAGACCUCGCUAAACCAGGUGAACAGGAGCCAUCUGAGGAAGAGGAGGGGCAGAAACACAAACACAUAGAUCCCCUGCAUCAGCUCAUCCAGCUGUUCAGCAGAACAGCCCUAACAGAAAAAUGUAAACUGGAUGAGGAUAAUCUCUACAUGGCCUACGCAGACAUCAUGGCUAAGAGUUGCCAUGAUGAAGAGGAUGACGAUGGAGAAGUGAAGAGUUUUGAAGAAAAAGAGAUGGAGAAGCAGAAGCUGUUGUAUCAGCAGGCUCGGCUGCACGACCGUGGCGCUGCUGAGAUGGUGCUCCAAACCAUCAGUGCUAGUAAAGGUGAGAUGGGUCCCAUGGUGGCAUCUACUCUGAAACUGGGCAUAGCUAUUCUCAAUGGUGGGAACUCAACCGUACAGCAGAAAAUGUUAGAUUAUCUGAAGGACAAGAAGGACGUGGGCUUCUUUCAGAGUCUGGCUGGUCUCAUGCAGUCAUGCAGUGUUCUGGAUCUAAAUGCAUUUGAGAGGCAAAAUAAAGCAGAGGGACUGGGAAUGGUGACAGAGGAAGGAUCAGUCAUCACUCAUGAGCGUGGUGAGAAGGUCAUGCAGGAUGAUGAGUUUACUUGUGACCUUUUCCGCUUCCUGCAGCUGCUCUGUGAAGGACACAACUCAGACUUUCAGAACUACUUGAGGACUCAAACGGGAAACAACACAACCGUUAACAUCAUUAUCUCCACUGUUGACUACCUUCUAAGAGUUCAGGAGUCCAUCAGUGAUUUCUACUGGUAUUAUUCUGGGAAAGAUGUGAUUGAUGAGCAGGGCCAGCGGAAUUUCUCCAAGGCAAUAAAUGUGGCCAAGCAGGUUUUCAAUACCCUCACUGAGUACAUCCAGGGUCCAUGCACCGGCAACCAGCAGAGUUUAGCCCAUAGUCGACUGUGGGAUGCUGUGGUUGGCUUUCUACAUGUUUUUGCUCACAUGCAGAUGAAAUUGUCUCAGGACUCCAGUCAGAUCGAGUUACUGAAGGAACUGAUGGAUCUGCAGAAAGACAUGGUGGUUAUGCUGCUGUCUAUGUUAGAGGGUAAUGUGGUGAAUGGGACCAUUGGAAAGCAGAUGGUGGAUAUGUUGGUUGAGUCCUCCAACAAUGUAGAGAUGAUCCUUAAGUUCUUCGACAUGUUCCUCAAACUGAAGGACCUGACCUCCUCAGAUGGGUUCAAGGAAUAUGACCCUGACGGAAAAGGUGUCAUCUCCAAGAGGGACUUUCAUAAAGCCAUGGAGAGCCAUAAACACUACACCCAGUCAGAGACGGAGUACCUGCUGUCAUGUGCUGAAACUGAUGAGAAUGAACUUCUUGACUAUGAAGAGUUUGUGGAGCGCUUUCAUGAGCCAGCCAAGGACAUUGGCUUCAACGUAGCAGUUUUGCUGACCAACCUGUCAGAGCACAUGCCUCAUGACACCCGGCUGCAGACUUUCCUGGAGUUGGCAGAAAGUGUCCUCAAUUACUUCCAACCAUACCUAGGCCGUAUCGAGAUUAUGGGAAGUGCAAAGCGGAUCGAGAGGGUCUACUUUGAGAUCAGCGAGUCCAGUCGUACACAGUGGGAAAAACCUCAGGUAAAGGAAUCCAAGCGUCAGUUCAUCUUUGAUGUGGUGAAUGAAGGAGGGGAGAAAGAGAAGAUGGAGCUGUUUGUGAAUUUCUGUGAGGACACCAUAUUUGAAAUGCAGCUGGCGGCUCAGAUGUCUGACGCUGGUGAGCGCUUGGCGAUAAAAGAGGAGAGCGAGCGCGAGAAGCCAGAUGAGGAGAACCCCGAUGUGGGGUUCUUUUCUGUCACCACUGUCUACAUGGCACUGCUAGCACUUCGAUAUAACAUCAUGCUGCUAAUAAAGGUACUGUCCAUGAAGAGCUUAAAGAAGCAAAUGAAGAAGAUAAAGAACAUGACUGUGAAGGACAUGGUAACCACCCUGGUCUCCACCUACUGGUCGGUGUUGUUGGGCCUCCUCCAUGUGGCAUUCAAUGUGGCUCGAGGAUUUUGCAGAAUCUUCUACAACACUUUCAUUGGAGAAAACCUGGUGGAGGGGGCCAAGACCAUAAAGGUGUCAGAGCUGUUGGCCAAUAUGCCAGACCCUACUCAGGACGAGGUACGCGGUGAGGGGGAGAACAGGGAGAAAAGAUCUGAUCACAGCUCCACCGGGGAAGACUUGGCUGACCUGACAGUCAAUACCAGUGAGACAGAGCUGCUGUCAGACAUUUUUGGUCUGGACUUAAGAAGGGAAGGGGGCCAGUACAAAAUCACCCCCCAUAACCCCAACGCCAGCUUUACUGAACUUCUCAACUCCCCGGUUCCCCUUCCAACUCCAUCCACAGCACCCCAACCUGAAGUCAGAUGGAGACAUCAGUCAAAGAGCUCUGCCUCAGAGGAGAUGGAAUCAAAACUAGAGAGUAAAUGUGAACCUCAAAAAACAUCUGAAAGUGAUGAUGUAGAGAAACAAGAGAAACAGUCAAAGAAUGAGACGAUGAAACCAAAAAUGAGGAGGCAUCACACCUCAAAGUCUGACGAACCUGAUGUUCAGGAGUCAGCUUUCUUAAAGAAGAUCAUUGCCUACCAGAGGAAACUGCUGAACUACUUCGCCAGAAACUUUUACAACAUGAGGAUGUUGGCUCUGUUUGUUGCCUUUGCAAUAAACUUUAUCCUUCUGUUCUAUAAGGUUUCUACAUCCUCAUCAGUGACUGAGGAGAGGGAAGUUGUGCACACCAGCCAUUCAGAGAGCAGCAUUCAGUGGGAUCCACUAGGUGGGGCAACUGUGGAUGCAAAGGAAGAGGUGAUGGAUCAGACCAGCAUGCCCCAGAAGCCUGUCACCGUUCGUUUUGUCCUGGAAGAGAGCAGUGGCUACAUGGAGCCCAUGUUACGGAUCCUUGCUGUCCUGCACACGGUCAUCUCCUUCUUCUGCAUCAUUGGAUACUACUGUCUUAAGGUGCCACUGGUGAUCUUUAAACGUGAAAAGGAGGUCGCUAGGAAGCUGGAAUUUGAUGGCCUUUAUAUAACAGAGCAGCCAUCAGAAGAUGACAUCAAAGGACAGUGGGACAGACUGGUAAUCAACACACAAUCUUUCCCCAAUAACUACUGGGAUAAAUUUGUGAAGAGAAAGGUGAUGGAUAAAUAUGGGGAGUUUUAUGGCCAUGACCGAAUCAGUGAGCUGCUGGGACUGGACAAAGCUGCUCUGGACUUCAGUGAUGCUCACAAAAAGAGGAAACCCAGGAAAGACAGUUCGCUUGCUGCAGUGUUGAACUCUGUUGAUGUCAAGUACCAGAUCUGGAAGCUGGGGGUUGUGUUCACAGACAAUUCCUUCCUGUAUCUGGCCUGGUAUAUGACCAUGUCCAUUCUGGGUCACUAUAACAACUUCUUCUUUGCUGCCCAUCUACUGGACAUUGCCAUGGGUUUUAAGACACUGCGUACCAUUCUCUCCUCAGUCACACACAAUGGCAAACAGCUAGUGUUAACUGUUGGCCUAUUAGCAGUGGUGGUGUACCUCUACACAGUAGUGGCCUUCAACUUUUUCAGGAAGUUCUACAACAAGAGUGAAGAUGGAGAACUGCCAGAUAUGAAGUGUGAUGACAUGCUGACAAUUCUUUCUGAUGUAUCUCAUCAACAAAGACGAAACAGAGCACACAGGCCAGGAGUCAUACGUAUGGAAAAUGUACCAGGAACGUUGUUGGGAGUUUUUCCCCGCUGGUGACUGUUUCCGGAAACAGUAUGAGGAUCAGCUCAACUGAGUCGACCUUGGAGUGACAGACUCUUAACUCUGAAAGGCCCACUGCAGCCAUCUGGCCUCUGCUUGUCCCUCAAACAUUUAUUACUUUUUUGAGGAGGCUGUAUUCUACCAAAUGAUGGGUUCCUCUCUAUGCGUCAUCUCUCCUCAAGUGGCCACGCUCUUCAACGGGACACACCCUGCCAUUGUAGUCCAGACAGCCAGCUCCACCCCCCGGCCUUCAGCACACUCUGUUCGGAAUGCUUUUGAAACCUUGUACAUAGAAAACUUCAGAAAAUAUGAUGUACAAUACAUGACAGGUGGCAGGUCUAGACUUUUUUCACUCUGAUGACUUCUGUGCUUCAUCUUAUUCUAUAUUCAAAGUAACUUGCAAAAAAUACAAAGACUUAAUGGACUGACGGUAAAACAAGAAACCUAAAGAAUGUUUUACUUUUAAUAUGACCAUGUCUAUGGCCUUUCAUGUUUAUAAUGCACGAUUCAUAAAGGUACAGGUGGUGGAUACAAUAAUCAAACAAGUUGACGACUUAUUCUGGCAAGAAGAACUCUGCAGCAAAUCUACACUUCAAUAAGCUUAAAGACGUGCUGACCUGAAUACGAUGGACAAUGAAAAUCGAACACAGCACCAAAGUGGAGACUUCAGAACAAUCACAAAGCUGAAUGAAGCCCCUGUGCAAUGAGGAACAUUUUCACAAACAGAGCUGCUGUGUUGAGUUGGAUUACAGUUUGGUCCAAAGUGUUUGAACAAUGACACAUGUUCUUCUCACUUUACUUACUUAUACCACCAUCACAGUGGAUCUCAAGCCAAACAAUCUAGAUCACUAAAUACUUGAUUUGCCUUCAGCUACUGCUUGUUUGUGUUCUUCUGCCUUCACUUUUUUGUUCGGUAAAUGAAAAGCAUGCUCUUUUGGGUUGAGAUCAAGUGAGAGACUUGGCCAUUGAGGAAUAUCAUAUUUCUUUGGCUUAAGAAAACCUUGAGGAUAAACAUAUUUUCAAAAGCUAGCCACGUAGUAAACACCCUUUAUCACUGUCAAUUUAUCAUUGUCAAUAAAAUCAAAUAAAGUACACACCACUGGUUACACUCAAGAAGAGGAAGGCAAGAAUACACUUUGACAGAAAACAUUGAAAAGAGUCGACCCGGUCCUGUAUUAAGUUCUUUAAACAGAUGAAACCUAGGCUGACAUGAACUAGAAUGAUGGGAAGAGAAAAGUAUGGAGAACAAAAGGAACGGCUCAUGAUCCAAAACACACCAUCCAUCAGAUGUGAUACAGUGCACUGGCAUGUGGGGCUGCCAGUGGAACUGGGUAGAAACAGCAGAAUUAAUUGUGAAAUGUUCAGGGCCGUACUCUGCUCAAAUUCAGCCAAACUGGUUGGAAAGCAUUUGUCAGAGCAAACUGAUAAUGACCUCACCACAAAAGAAACCCAAGAAUCUCUCAGUAUUCAAGAGAUAUUCUUCAACAGCCAAGUCAGUCCCCUGAUCUUAACCCAGUAAUUUUAUUUAUAUGCAUUUUAUUUAUUAAAUUAAAAACAUAAUGGUGAAAAACUCACAAACGUGCAGUAACUGAAGGCAGUGGAAGUAAAGGCCUAUGGUGGACAGUGUUGGUCAAGUUACCUGAAAAAAGUAAUCAGUAACUAAUUACCGAUUUUGCAAUAGUAAUCCCUUACUUUACUCGUUACCUGAAAAAAGUAAUCAGAUUACCAUCUCUGAUGGUGGAUCUCAAGGGAAGAAACAUUUGGCGAUGUCUGUUGGGCUCUAGACUUCAGGCAGUUACUGACCGAAAUUACUGAUGGAUUUAUGGACCUAAGUAUAAAAAUUGUUGUAAUAUCUAAAUAAAUAAAGCAGUAUUUUGUUAAACUCCUGGAAUUAAAGGUAAACGACAGUUUGGUCAUGUGAUUAAAAAUCCACUGUGGGGUUGUAAGAGGCAAAAUUGAAAAAACAAAAACAUUCUGUCAAUGGGCACUGGACCGGACUGUAAGUUCACUGUUGAUCAUGCUGUGUCCACACACUGUACCAUGCCAGUACUGUGUGUGAAGGGACCCUUAAUUAUAUGCUCAUGGCUUAUCACAUGUUCAUCAAGUUCAUUUUGCUCCACUUAAAAAAGUCAAAGCAUGGACAAUUCAUAAUCCUCAACCAGCUUUCUGAUAUACCUAAAUAAAUACAUAGCUUAUAAAAUGAUUGAAUCCAUUACUGUCUUUGAUAAUUGAUUUAAUGCAUUUUUUGUUUGUUUUGUUAAUGUUUGUCGCCGGUAGUAACAGGACAUCAGAGAUGUAUAUUUUUCAACACUCAUGUUCACGGUGAUAAAUGCGAACAACUGCUGGUCAGUCAAUGUCAAACCCCAGUACUGGGCAGGAUUAGAAGAGCUUAACAAAUGUGUAUUGUGUCCAAAUCUUCAAUAUUUUGUUGUUGUGUAAGGAAUACGACAGGCUCGAGGCGCCACUAGCAGGGCUUUGUUUUUUUGUUUUGUUUUGUAAAGCUUAGUAACAUUUGUUAAUGAAAGCUUGUGAUUUUCUGAAAAAGCAAUAUCGAAACAAUUCAAAAAAGAAAAACAAAUAGAAAAUAUAAUAAACAAACAAUAGAGAUUUAUUUGUUUUAGAAGUUUAUGGCUGCAGAUAUAGCUGCACGCUUGUUAGCUAAGAGGAAUAAUCAGCCAGAAUGGAGCAAUCAGAUGUGUUUCCUGCAGUACUAGAAUAGCACAACAAAGCAGUGAGGAGACAGAAAGGGGGGACGAGAGGUUGCAGUGCCUUAUCUAGCUGGGGAGGAUCUAUGAAAGCUAGACAAGAAAAGUAGCUUCAUAAUAAUACCGUAUACAAACUGAGGAGAACAUAUGAAGCUAAGAGUACCACAGAAUAAUAUUCUAUAGAAGUAGAAGAAGAGAAGGACUAAAGGUUGACCAGAGCAGAAAUGCACACAUUUCAGUUGUGCAAACUGGGGUGUUACAAUUCCAAAAGGUAUCAUAGUUGACUGUAACUAGCCUCAAACCAGGGUACAGUAGAUAAACUUAGGGCUAGGUUACAUUUUAACCACAUUUCGUUUUGUACAACAUUCCUUCAGUAAAUCCUUUUUUUCUGUUUUACAGAACUUCUAAUUCCAUUAGUUACCAUCAUCUUGAAGGGUUCAGUUGAAACGCUAAACAACCAUCACAGCCUAUUUAGAGUUAAGAUUAGGGGUACGGUUAGCAUUAAAUUCAUAUUUACCAGGUUGUAAAUUCAAUUGGAAUUUUCACCUAUUUAAUAUAUUCAGCUGAAGUCUAAUAACAGAAAUUCUGAAGGUAAGAUGCAUGUAUGAGACCUAACGUAAUGUCUUGAGAACAGUAAUGUUAUGUUUAGCAUGUAGCUAAAAUGUAACCUAACCUCACCUUUAAGUGGGCUGUAAGUAAGUUGGUGGAUGUUAAAAGGUUAAUUAAAUUUUUCGUAUUUAAUCUGUCUUUAUAAAAACACAUUUGGGGAAAUAUACAAAAAUAUGUUUAAAUUGACACCAGCUUACUCAUCAGAAUACAACAGAUGUUGCUCGGUGGACCUAAUAAGACAACAGGUUGAGUGUAUGCUGCAGGUUCUGUUCAGCUAUAUGAGUGAUGCAGAAUAAAUAUAUAUUUUUUAUUGUAUAAUUUCUGAUACUGCUAUACAACCAAGUUUAAAGAUCAACACUUGUCGUGGCUUUGGUUAGAAAUCAGCAGCCAUGUGUUACAGUCUGUGGGCUACUAUUUUCAGUUUCUUAGAAAUUGUAAUAGUUACAUCUCACUUAACUAGCAACAAUUAACAUUCCAUGGAACACAUUUCACAACUUUCUUGUCAAAUAAGGUUCAGUAGUUCAUGAUAUGCAUUUUUGUGAUGUUCUUAUAUAAUAAUUACUUUUAUUGUAAACACACCUCCCUCUCAAAAAAAGUCUAAAAACAUAUUUGCAUGCUAAUGGGGAAUAUUGAGUAGGUAUAAUAAAUACACUAAAUCUCUGCUGCCCAUAAUGUAUCCAUUCAGAUUCUCUUAGUUAUUUAAGAUAAAUCAUUUAGGUGUUGUGGGAUGAGUUGUAACUCAUUAAGACAUUUUACCACAAUUGUAUUUGAAAAAUAAGACAGUAGGCCCUGCUUUUCUGUCAUUUAACCAUCUCUGUUUGUAAAGGUUUGCUUAAGUUGGUUCUGAGGUCAAGCAAAAGACCUUAAGGGAAUUUAAGAGACAAAUCACUUUUACCAUUGUAUAUCUCAAAGAAAGAGGUAGAACAAAUUAAAGCUUACUUAACUUUGUCUCAGAAGUAAUUUAAGUUUUAUAUUUAUUCAGUUAUCUUUUAUUUUCAGAUAAUAAAGAAGUAAACUGAGGUUUUGUUAUAUUUGUCUCCCUCGAUCUUAAAGGUGCAACAAGUAGCGUAAUAUUUCACUGGCUCUAACCUAUAGAUUUUGUUAUCUGUCACCCUUUUAUCUCUAAAACCCAAAACUGUCAGUAGUAGAGUGUGAGAAAGUUGAAAGAAAUAUCAGUUCAACUUGUAUAAACUGUUUAACAGAUUUAAGCUGCUGUUUGAUGCAAAGUGUUUGAUAAUAAAUCAGGCAGCUUAAAGUAUGAUGCAGUUUGUCAGAGAAGACAAUGUCAGGAAGCCUAUAAAUGAAACUCUAGACUUUGCUGAUGGAGACGCAUUGGUAGGAACAUGUUUGUUGUUAAUGCUGUUGUGUUUAGGCUGGCACUAGAGGCCGCUAAAGAGCCAUGUUUACUGGUUUCACCUUUAAGUGAGUGCUGGUGCAUGUGUAACUGAUAACUGAUGACUUUAACACUGAUAACACAGUGGAUGUCACAACUGCAAUCAACCAGUGUAAGUGUCUUGAAUUGUGUUCACUAUACCAUGCUGAUGCGAUGCCUCAUUUUUAUUUAUUCCAAUCCCUUUUCAGACUGAACCAUGCCAUUACCAAGUGGCAUUUUGCUCAUGUAAAAAUAAAUAUUUUCCAUAUGUAUCAUGAAGGGGGAAUGUUUAGUUUGCCACAAAGUCUACUUCAUGUAGUAAUUAUGAGUAGGCUAUUGCUACUUCUGAGAGACGAAUGUGUAAAGAGGAAAUUGAUCUAUAAGCAAUGAUAGAUUUGCAUGAUUUUGAAAAUAAAAUUUUAUUUAUUAACUUGUUAA